AUGAUAGAAAAUUCACCAUCGAGUAUUAAACAAUCACCAAUUUUAGUACCUACAUCAUGUAGUUCAUGUUGUUGUAACUCAAUUAAAGAUAUAGAAGACACAGUAGUUACUUCAAAAAAUAGCAAUAGCAAUAAUAAUGGUUUAAAAAAUAGUAGUGAUAGAAAAAUUAUAAUUGAGCAAAAGGUAUCAAAAGAUCAACCAUUAGCAGGCGUUUUAAAUAAUAUAUCAAAUUCAUUACACAUGAUAUCAAAUGACCAAUUACCACAGGCAAAAAAAUUAUUAGAAAAUUUAGAAAAAGAAUCAUCGUCACCAAAAAGUAACAAUAAAUCUACAACAAAGUUAGUAUGCGUAUGCCAACAGUCCUCAAAUUUACCAUUUUGUGAUUCAUCUCAUAUAAAGUUUAAUAAAGAAACCAAUUCAAAUAUACAACCAAUUUAUUUAACUUUAGAUAAUAAUAGUAAUAUAGAAAAUAAUAAUAAUAAUAAUAAUAAUAAUAUUGAAAAUAAUAAAAAACAACCACAAUUGGUUAAAAAACAACCGGUUCAACAAAAACAACAACAACCAAUAAUACCCAAGCAUAAACCAGGAAAAUUAAAUGACCCUGUAAACCAACAAAAUUAUUUUUCAUUAGAAGAAAUUUCAACCCAUAAUAGUUUAGAAAGUUGCUGGAUGAUAAUACAAAAUAAGGUUUAUGAUAUAACGGCUUAUAUAGAUAAACAUCCUGGUGGUAAAAAUGCUUUACUUAGAUUUGCUGGUAAAGACGGUACCGAUAAUGUUCAGUUUCAUUCGGCAAAAAUGUUACAAAUUUUAAAUAAUUGUUAUUUCAUUGGUCAUGUUCAAAAGGAUCAACAAACUGUCGAGCCUUCUAGAUGUUCAAUUUCAUAA